UCUUUCUAGUCCCACUGUCCCCAUGGCAACAACAUCACCUAACAACGUCAUUCCAAGAACAACGCUAAUCCAGACGUUUUGAUUUUAGGAAGCUUUCUGGAAGCGAAACGUCAUCAAACUUGAAAAGCAAAGUCCAGAUGUUUGUUUUUUAACUUUAGAAAUAACAUGGAUGACUGAGAAUCAGCAGCACAUCUAACAACGUCACUGCUGUUUGCUCCAUUGUCCACAGAACAUGCUGCUGAGGAAAGACUCGUUCCUUUAACUAACGGAGAUCAAAUGGACCGAAGUCUGAAGAGACGGCAGGUGAAGCCGCUGGCCGCCUCUCUCCUGGAUGCCUUGGACUACGACAGUUCAGACGACAGUGACUUUGAAGUGGAAGACGCAUCAGGGUCAGACGGCACAGGCAACGGCAGCGAUGAAGAGGGGUCCAAGGCGAGCGCCGCAGGCUCCGAAAGUGACUCUGAAAAUGCUGCCUCUGGAAACGAGGGUGUCGACGAGGAGCCUAAAGACCUGGCCGUCGACGACAACAACCUAACUGAGGAUGAGGAGAAGCCUAAGGAGCAGGCGUCCUCAGACAGCCCCGCCAAAGACACCCCGUCUGCCACUCCAUCCAAGAGUAGAAGGAAAACCAAGAAGACCUCAGAGCCAGAGGGGACCGCAGCCGGUGAACCUGAAUCUACCUCCACUUCUGCCGCUGGCAGCAUCAACACAGAGGAGUCUCUGACCGAGCCGAAGAAGUGGAACUUCCGCAGGAACCGCCCCCUGCUGGACUUCACCACCAUGGAGGAGCUGAACGAGAUGGACGACUACGACAGCGAAGACGACAACGACUGGAGACCCACGGCGGAGAAGAGGAAAGGCAAAGCGUCGGCUCAGAAAGGGGGGGCGGAGGAAGAGGAUGGAGCGAGCAUUAGCGAAGACGACGACGAAGAUAACGACGACGACGAAGACGAUGAAGACGACGAAGGCAAGGACGAUGGUGACGACGCGAACAACAGCAGCAGCGAUAGCGAUAAAGAGGCCAAGAAACCCAAGAAGAAGGUGAAGAGCAGCAACGCGUUUGACGACGAGCUGACCAACGACAGCAUGUUUCAAGGAAAGGGCAACGAGGAUGCUUCACUGGACCGCUCCCAGACCUGGAACACUCAGCACAUCCUCAUAUGCUGCGUUUGCCUGGGAGACAACAGCGAAGACGCAGAUGAGAUCAUCCAGUGUGACAACUGUGGGGUCACCGUGCAUGAAGGGUGCUACGGCGUGGACGGUGAGAGCGACUCCAUCAUGAGCUCAGCCUCAGAGAACUCCACCGAACCUUGGUUCUGUGACGCCUGCAAGAACGGAGUGGCCCCCAGCUGCGAGCUCUGCCCCAACCAGGACGGCAUCUUCAAAGAGACGGACGCCGGGAGGUGGGUGCAUGUGGUGUGUGCGCUUUACGUCCCCGGAGUGGCGUUUGGAGACAUCGAUAAACUGCGACCAGUGACGCUCACCGAGAUGAAUUAUUCAAAAUACGGAGCCAAGGAGUGCAGUUUCUGUGAGGACGCCCGCUUUGCCAGGACCGGCGUUUGCAUCAGCUGUGAUGCCGGCAUGUGUCGCUCCUACUUCCACGUUACCUGCGCUCAGAGGGAGGGGCUUCUGUCUGAGGCUGCGGCCGAGGAGGACAUUGCUGAUCCUUUUUUCGCCUACUGCAAACAGCAUGCGGAUCGCUUCGACAGGAAGUGGAAAAGGAAGAACUAUUUGGCCCUGCAGUCCUACUGUAAGGUGUCUCUGCAGGAGAGGGAGAGACAGCUGACCCCUGAGGCUCAGGGCCGGAUCAUGACCCGCCUGCAGCAGUACCGAGACAAAGCUGAGCUGUCCCGGAACACUCGGCCUCAGGCCUGGGUGCCCCGAGAGAAGCUGCCCCGACCUCUGACCUCCAGCGCCUCGGCCAUCAGGAAGUUGAUGAGGAAGGCGGAGCUGAUGGGCAUCAGCACCGACAUUUUCCCCGUGGACACGUCCGACGCCAACGCCAGCCUGGAUGGACGCAGGAAGCACAAGCAGCCCGCCCUCACCGCAGACUUCGUCAACUACUACCUAGAGCGCAACAUGCGAAUGAUCCAGAUCCAGGACAACAUCUCCGAGCAGAAGAACUUGAAAGACAAACUGGAAAGUGAGCAAGAAAAACUACAUGUGGAUUACAACAAGCUCUGCGAGUUUCUGGAGGAGCUGCUGACUGUGAAUGGAACCCUGCGGACUGAAGGCCAGGCUCUCUGGACCCUCCUGGGGGGCAUCGUGGGUCAGAAGCUGAACACUCCGGCCAUCCUGAAAGCUCCAAAGGAGAGGAAGCCAAGCAAGAAGGAAGGAGGAACUCCAGGGAAGUCCUCAAGCCUUCCAGCAAUUCUCUACAGCUGUGGGAUCUGUAAGAAAAACCAGGACCAACAUCUGCUGGUCCUGUGCGACACGUGUAAACUCUACUAUCACCUGGGCUGCCUGGAGCCUCCUCUGACACGGAUGCCCAAAAAGACCAAGAACAGCUACUGGCAAUGCUCCGAGUGCGAUCAGGCUAGCAGCGACGAAGCUGACAUCGCCAUGGAGACGCUGCCCGACGGCACCAAGAGAUCCAGGAGACAGAUCAAAGGGCCCAUCAAGUUCAUCCCACAGGAGAUGUCUCCUGAGCCCAAGAAGCAGCAAGUGAGAGGAGGCACGAGAACAAGAGGGCAGAAGAGGAAGAGAAUUCCUCUGACUGAAGAACGAGAAGAGAAAGUGGAGGAACCAUUGCCACGGGAACGCAGACAACGCCAGACUGCAGUGCAGAAAAAGCCCAAAGCUGAUGAUACCAGAACCGAGUGCACGACUUGCAAAGGACCCGGCGACAAUGAGAACCUAGUCAGGUUGUGAGAGCCGGGGCAGCCACCUCACCUCCCUCCCAUAAAAUGUCGGGCCUGACGACCGUUGGCUUAGAGACAAAUCGGAGAACGACAUCUUCUCAUCGCUCGGCAGCCAAGUCAGAACCCAACGGGACGGCAGCCGUCCAACCGACUGUUUGGACGCUUGUUUUUCCUCUGAACCUUUAACAUACGGACUGUUCAUUGGUGGAUUAUUGUGUGCAUCACUAGGUAGUUCUUUCUGUACAGUUUAUGUCCAAAUAAGUUUUUUUUAUUGAUUUACUUCAUUCUGUUUAUAAAAGACAGCAGGAAAAUCUGGUAUGUUUUGGAAGUUGGUGGUGUAUUUUUCCAGGUUCUCCAUGUUUCCCCUUCAAACUGAUCGUCUUCCAGGUUUUUCUGCCUUUCUUUCCGUCUGACCUGCUAAUCAGUUCUAAUCACGACCAUUGAUUGAACUCAGACGCCAAUCACCCGUAGCAACCCAGCACGAGUGAUUGGACGGCCUUAGGGAGGCUUUCAGACGUCUGGUUUGAAGUGUGAAGACCAGAAGUAAUGAGGAAACAUCCCUGUUUGCUAAAGCACUGAAAUAAUGCUCCUGUAAUAGAAACUGACUUGUUGUUCUUAGAUCUUAGCCUGAAUGUGUUUACACUGAAAAAAAAGGACGUCAGCUGUUCGUUUCUUUACCUUGUGUUUAGCAGAUAGGUCAGUUUGCAUGUGGAAACGAAGAUUUAUGAUUAAAAUAAGAAAAAAAA